UUUACAGCCACCCAUUGCAAGACACGUCAGGAUGGUGUACGGCCUAUCGCUGCAUUUACAGCUCACAUGCUCAACUAUCCAAGCUUUACUGCCACUUGAGUAAACAUGGGUCGGGUGGCAGACAUCCACCUGGACGACGCUCCUGGUGAGCGUCCCGAUGUCAGCCCAUCUAUGAAUGACCUUCAUGUCCCUACCCCCGAGCUUAAUGGGCUCGAUGAGUUCAAGGACAGAAAGAUGUCUCUGUAUGAUGCGAGGGGAGCAAUCCCUCCACCUACACAGUUCAGUUUCUUUACAUCGCUGCUGGACUCUGUCAUCCAUUCGUCUACCAUCCAGUCGUUGCGGUCGUUCUAUAAGCCCUUCGACACGCUUUUGGACACCAGGGAAUACACCGGCCUCUGGUGGCUGGAUGUGACAGCCCCGUCGGACGAUGACAUCGAAACACUCUCGGAAAUAUUUGACCUCCACCCGUUGACUACGGAGGAUAUCAAAGUCCGAGAGUCGCGAGAGAAGAUCGAACUCUUUGACCGCUAUUACUUUUUGUCUUUGCAGCCAGCACGCCAGCUCGAGGCGGCUGACGGAACACGGUCCUCAUCCCCCAAUGUGUAUGCUAUCGUCUUCCGCGAGGGUGUUCUUAGCUUCAAUUUCGGAAAUAGCCCCCACGGAUCUCAUGUCCGAAAUCGGAUUAAGGAGCACCGGAGCCAUCUAGCGCUGACUAGUGACUGGAUCUGCUACGCUCUCAUCGACGAUAUCGUCGACGGCUUUGCGCCCUUCAUCAAUCGCGUCCAAGCAGGUGUGGAAAUGAUCGAAGAUGACGUCUCCAUAACCCGACCGGAUGAUAUCGGUUUAGCACUUCAACGGAUCUACCGGUAUCGCAAGGAGGUCUUGCAAAUCCGUCAGCUGAUGAACGACAAGACCGACGUUGUUCGAUGCUUCGCUCGUCAUUGCGACUCGUUCGGCCCCGCAACUACGAAUGUCACUCUUUAUCUCAGUGACAUCCGGGAUCAUGUCCUAUCCAUGAUGGCUAAUCUGUUACAUGCGGAGCAGAUGCUCUCCAGGGCGCAGGAAAAAUAUCUGAGCCAGCUAUCUUUUGAUUCAACGCGCAUGCGAAACGAGAUUGCGGCAACUCUCAGCCGGCUAACAGUCAUUGCCGGGAUCAUUGUCCCGAUGCAGUUUAUCACCGGUCUAUUCGGUAUGAAUGUUACUGUUCCAGGCCAAACUCCCGAUGACGAAAAGCCUGGUCCAGUGAACUGGUGGCUUGGUAUUUUGGGCGUCAUAUUAGGGCUGAUCUUUCUUGCUUUACUCGUUGCGAAACGGUUACGGUUCAUUUAGAUCUGAUUGUUCAGCGGCAGUUUAUGUGGCAUUGAGGAUGUAAUCAUUUCAUUAAUAUAUAUAUACACAUAUAUAGACUCUCGCUUUGUGAAAAUAUAAUUAGGCUUUCAACUAUUACAGUCCACCGGCCCUUUCUCCAAUAAUUACGGGGAUGUCCCGAGUGAU